AUGCGCACCGCCCUGCGCCGCCUUGCCGUCCUCGCCGCGCUGGCCCGCGGCGAGCGGCGCGGCUUCAUCACGAUGACCGUGCAGCGCACGGGCAGCACGUGGCUCAGCGACGAGCUCGACGCGCAUCCCUGCAUCACGUCGGGCAAGGAGAUCUUCCUCAACGAGAAGACGGGCGACCCGCCCUGGGUCUGGAGCGACGCGAAGAAACGUCUGGCGCUCGAGGCGCUCUUCGACGGAAAAGCGUCGCUCAACUUCAGCGCGACGCGAAGCUUCGAGAAGUUCCUGGGCCGCUGCGCCGGCGCGCGCGGCGACGUCGCCUGCGGUUUCAAGUGGAUGAUGAGCCAGCACGUCGACCGCGCCUGGGACGCGGGCUGGCUCCCGGAGCUCUGCGCGGCGCGAAAGCUCCGCGUGGUCUUCCUCGAAAGGCUGAACCUGCUCCGCGUCCACGCGUCGACCGUGGCCAAGAACCUGGCGUCGACGAGCGCCGGCGGCCACCGGAACCCGACGGGCGAGGCGCCCAGGGAGGCCUACAUCGAACUGGCGUCGGGCGACGCGCUCGUCGCGAAGCUCGAGGGCAUCGCGGCGCAGUACGACGGCCUGCGGCGCGUGCGCGCCGAGGCGGCGAGGCGCGGCGUCGCGACGCUCGCCGUGACCUACGAGGCGCUCCAGGCCGACCGCGGCGGCGGCCUCGACCGCGUCGCGCGCUUCGUCGCCGGCGGCGGCGCCUGCGACGUCGGCGCGUACGCGUUCGCCGGCAACGCGUCGCGGCAGACGCAGAUCCACGCGGGGAAGCUCUCGUCCUACGUGUCCAACUGGGCCGCGGUCGUCGACACGCUCCGACCGACGCGCUUCGCGUGCUACCUCGACGAGGACGACCUCGCCCGCCUCGAGGCGUGCCGCGACGCCGGCCGCGCCCGCGAGCCGUCCCGCGCGGAGGACGUCGGCCGCAGGGCGCGGAAGACCGUGGUGGCCGUCUGCGUCCUCCUGCUCCUCGUCCUCGGCCUCGAAAGGCGGGGCGAGCAGAGGCAGGUGCGCGAUAAUUCGUGA